AGUUCGGGAUUUGUCUUGUGAGAUGGAAAGCAUGGGCCCAUUAGUGGAGAGAGUUCAAAGCAAGUCAAAGCAAGCGUUGCUACAGUGGGUGGACGGCGUAAGAGAAGCUUGCUGUCUCCAUCGUGUGAUCAUCUACUCUCUCAGGUCAAAACAGCUUGCCAUCCGUACGGGUCAGUGUUUUUUGUUGAAUGGAUUCAUCUUCUUAGGAAGUAUCCUUGUUCUGAAAUCAGUUAUCAUCCCUGCAUUGGAAUGGAUAUUACCUGGUCAUUGCCGACUAAUCAAUUCACAACAGCCAUGUUCAUUUAGCAGUAUUUUGGAGUUCUAUCGAUUCCUACGUGUUGGACUCGUACAACUGUUUUAUGUUUUCUGGUUUUACCCAUUGUACAUAUUCAGCCUUAUUCUCAGCAAUAUCUGGUACAUUGAUAUUGCUAAAUAUGGGUUUUUUGCUUUGGAGAAUUAUGGGGAUCGUGAUACAAAGUUAUCUGAUCAAAAGGAGCCCCAAACUUCGCAAAACACAGUUCAUAGGGAAAAACCAACUGAUCUCGAAGGGGUUAUGAUCAGUAUAGCGGAACAGCUUUAUUCGGUCCUCUUGCUGACUUUCUUCUUCAUGGAGGUUUAUGUUACUGGAUUUAUCCCCUACAUAGGGAAAGCUCUAAAUUUUAUGCUUCUGUCAUGGUUGUAUGCAUACUAUUGUUUUGAGUAUAAGUGGAAUCUGUCUGGACUAAGCUUAGACAAGAGGCUGGACUUCUUUGAAUCAAACUGGGCAUUUUUUGCUGGUUUUGGAAAUCCAUGUGUCCUGGCAAUAUUUCUUUUCUCUCCACUAGUGAGCUGUGGGGUUAUGGCUAUGUUGUUUCCACUGUUUGUUUUGACCGCAACAGGCUCGGAAGCUGACAAGAUUGUUGCCUUACCUAGAGGAAAAUGGAGAGGUGCUGAAUUAGGAAGGGUACCAAUAUUUUUCAUUGCCGAUUACAUGUCGAUGCGAGUCUUAAAAUUAUUUUCUUUGAAAUCGCACCAUCAAAUUAAAGAGAACAAGGCACUCUGAAAUAGAACAAACAUGUCUGAUCUACU